AGUGCUUUGUUUAGAUGAAAAUUAAUAAAAGAAUUGACUAUGGCGUCAAAUAGUAACAAGGAGACGAUGACUCAACCUAUCAAAGUUAAAAUGAAAGACCAAGCGUGUCAGUUUGAUUCUUCUCUACUGGAAGAUGCACCAGUUAUGUGUGACGCGUGUACGUCGAUUCCUAGCCCUACAGAUGCUGUCCGUACUUGUUUACAAAGAAUUAUUAAGUACGAAGAAGAUUCUUAUGACAAUUGUGUGCCAUUGAUAAGAGCCGAAGAUUUUUCUGAUGAGUAUGAUCACACAGAAAAGCGUUAUCAUGACCCAGUUAAUGGGCAAGAUAGUCCUGUUUCUAUGACUGUCAUCAGAAGUAUUGGUAAUGUUAGUUCUGAUCCAGAACCUGGUGAUGACUGGAGUGAUCAUCGUAACACUGUAACAUCAUCUUUAGCUGGUCUAUCAUCAUUGUCUGUUGCUGUAACAAAAGUUCUCCCUCGUCAAGAUGACAAUGAAAAUGUUCCAGAAACUGUUAUGGCAAAUCCACAUUCUCUCACAGUUUCUGGAGAAAAAUCACGAAGAAGAAUCCAUAAGUGUGAUUUUGCAGGUUGCAGUAAAGUUUACACUAAAAGUUCACAUCUCAAGGCACAUCGCAGAACACAUACAGGUGAAAAACCCUAUAAAUGUUCAUGGGAAGGAUGUACAUGGCGUUUUGCUAGAUCAGAUGAACUUACCAGACAUUUUCGUAAACAUACUGGAGCAAAACCGUUUAAAUGUCCACACUGUGAUCGAUCUUUUUCAAGAUCUGAUCAUUUGUCCUUGCAUAUGAAACGUCAUCGCGAGAGUGUUCUGGAUCGUCAGUAGAAUUGAAGAUGUCUCAGUUUUAUGAGAUGUACUCUUUUAAAUUCGAUAGCGAAAAUCCGCUAAAAAUCGCUUAAAUUUCCCAUGAUUUAACUACGACGAAGUAUUUCAUAAUGCAUAUAUACACAAAUAUCAGCAUAAAUUUCAUAGACUCAUACAUUUCUCUUGAUAUAUUUUGGAUCUAUGUCGCGAUUGAUGCACUUGCGGAGCAAAGCUUGUUACAUUUGAGCGUUAUAGCGUUCAUCGAAACAGAUAGAAUGGCAAGUUGAGUGGUAUGUCACAAACUGCAGCAAAAUAUAUGCUGUGUCGAAAUGAGAACAAAAUCGAGAAGUAGUUCUUAACGUCACUGUAAUUUAAAUACUUCUUCUAGCUUUUCUUAAUAUGUCACACUUUGAUUCCGCAAACGAAGAUUUGAGAAAGCUGAUUUCAAGUCACAGGAGGCCCCAGUUGUUGAAAAGCGGGUUGGCUUAACCCUGGGUUAACUACAUUUAGCUAUAGCAUUUCUGGAUUUUUCUUUCAAUUGACACUAAUGUUCAACAGUUUCAUUCUUGUGUUUGAAAAUCAACAAAUGAUUCUAUCUUUUAUCAGGGCUUAGAAGCCAACUAGUCUUUAAUCAACAUGGGGCUGGAAUACACCUGGUGUGCGUUCCUACAAUCUUUUCUUUGUAUGUAUACACUUGCCUGGCGUGAGUUGUUAACAUACGUUUGUAAAUAUAAAUAGUUUUCAAAUUUCAAAUAUAAAUAUAUAUGUGUACAUGUACGUAUAUAUGGUAGUGUUUCUUAAAUAAUUACAGUAUAUAUCUCCA